AUGGCAACUAUAUCGAAAAUCAACGAACUUACUCCUCACAGGAAUGACCGGAGAAUUAGGGUGAAAGUUUUGAGAAAAUGGUCCGGGAUGAUUGAUGGAGGUGUUGACAUAUUGUGUUUUCUCUUAGUAGAUGAUCAUGGUGGAAAAAUACCUGCCAAGGUCAGUCCAGGAGAUGGUCUGUACGAGAAUUUCGAUCUUUCGCUGCACGAGGAACAAUGGAAAAUCAUCACUGGAUUUACCGUGGAGUUGUCACCUCCUGGAUUUCGUUUUGCUAUGAAUCACCAUACAAUCAUCUUCACAGGGAAUACACAUCUGCAGAGUUCAUGGGGUGUCUGCGCAGAUUACAUGAACUUCAGAAACUUCACUGACAUAAUGAAUGGAGACUAUACUUCGAACUAUCCAAUUGAUCUCCUUGGCUAUCUCGAUGGAGUUAGUGUAAUAGAGGUUGUGACAGACCAUACCUUUACACUAGGUGAUGACAAGGAGACAUCAAGAGUAACAUUCACGAUCAAGGAUCUUGGAGGUCGCACACUGGAAUGCAAAGCCUAUGGAGUUUUGGUGAUACAACUUUAUGAAAAAUUGUGGAGGCAUGGUGGAACCGAAAUAUUCAUCACCAUGAGUGAUUGGAUGGUUUACAAGGACAGAGGAACAAAUGAGAUGAAGAUUAAGGACGCUGGAGGAAUAUCUAGAUUUGAGUUCAAUGCUAUUUGCCAGGAUGUUUAUGAGUUCCGCGCAGCAUAG